AUGAUACACUUUUUUGUUAAUGUUAAUGAGGGACAAAAAAAUAUCAUUGGUCAGCAAAUUAUUAAAGUAGCUGAGGACAACUAUCUCAAAGAAGGACUUUAUGAUAAAAUAUCUUUAAUAUUAGAGUUAGAAUUAAAAUAUAUACAAUUUAUUAAACAAACUAAAGAACCUGAUGAUCCACCACAACUAAUACAACUGGCAAGAUAA